GUUUGCUUUCUGUUUACAUAGAAGUAUACAUCAAUCAAGUUCUGGGCGAAAUUAACAAGGAAAUUGAGGGCGUCACCAAGAUUACCGAUCCUCUGAAGAUCCUGGCGAACGCCGACACCAUGAAAAUGCUGGGUGUGCAGAGGCCUCUAUUGCAGAGCACAGUCAUUGUGGAAAAAACGGUCCAGGACCUCAUGAAUUUGAUGCAUGACCUAAGCGCCUACUCAGACCAGUUCCUGAACAUGGUCUGCGUCAAGCUCCAACAGUACAAGGACACCUGCAACGUGGCUUACAGGAGCAUCGUCCAAUCGGACGAGAAGAUGGUGAUCAGCGCCUCUUGGGCCAAAGACGACGACAUUACCAGACUCUUGAAGUCGCUUCCCAACUGGAGCAACAUGGCCCAGCCCAAACAGCUGAGGCCUAAACGAGAGGAAGAAGAAGACUUCAUAAGGACUGCCUUUGGCAAGGAGUCAGAAGUCCUGAUCGGGAACCUGGGCGAUAAGCUGAUUCCCCAGCAAGAGAUUCUCCGGGACGUCAGCGACCUGAAGGCCUUGGCCAACAUGCACGAGAGUCUGGAGUGGCUGUCGGGACGGGUGAAGAGCGCCAUCUCCAGCCUUCCAAGUAACCAACUUACUUCUCCUGCCACGGAUGCUCACAGCAAGACCGAUCUCCCACCAGUCUCGGAACAGAUCUUGCAGACCCUGACAGACUUGGCUCGAUCUUUCCAGGAGAUGGCAGACUCCUGUUUGCUGGUUUUACACCUGGAAGUCAGAAUCCUGAAGGAAGAAAGAGCCUUGCAAUUUAUAAAGCAGCAUAUAGUGCAAUUAGGCAGAAAAUUAGCAUGUUUGGGCCAUUUAAUCUCCUGCAUCCUCAUCAACGGGGCUCAGUACUUCAAGCGGAUCAGCGAGUCGGGCAUUAAGAAGAUGUGCCGCAACAUCUUCAUCCUUCAGCAAAACCUCACCAACAUCACCAUGUCCAGGGAGGCCGAUCUGGACUUCGCAAGGCAGUACUACGAGAUGCUCUACAACACGGCGGACGAGCUGCUGAACCUGGUGGUGGACCAAGGCGUGAAGUACACGGAGCUGGAGUACAUCCACGCCCUGAGCUUACUCCACCGCAGCCAGACCGGCGUGGGAGACCAGACCACGCAAAACAUGAGGUUGCAGCGCCUCAAGGAGAUCAUCUGCGAGCAGGCUGCCAUUAAACAAGCCACCAAGGACAAGAAGAUCACCACCGUGUAG